AUGCGUCUCCAUCUCGUUAUCCAUCGGCGUGACUUGCCCGUUACGCGUCUCUUAUGGAGUACGCCUGUAACUCGAGCGCCCAGCUUAUCACUGUCCCGCCAACCGUCCGCAUUGUCAUCGUUCACGAGCUCUGGCCCCACGCCCACACGCACACUGAGUGCAAGUACGAGCUUUAAUACUGCGUAUACAUCUACAGGCGCCGGUAUUGGUGGUAGCGACUAUAUUGUUUCCCAGCUAUUGGUGGAUGUUAAUGACAUUGUGCCGCUGGAAGCUAUAGCGGGUGCCGAGGGAGGUGAUGAUGGAGAACAAUGGCCGUUACAUGACUAUGUUGUGGAAGUCAUGGGUUCGGAAUGUUUGCAUUUCAUGCGUGUCGAUACCUUGCUCAGAGAGGGUGAUGAAGUUGUUAUUCGUCCACUAGAGCCUGAAGAUAUAGCUACUAGAAUGGCUACGGGACGACGUCAAAUUACUCCGGACGGAACACACUUGAUCGAUGGCGUGCCGUUUGGGAAACAGCGUCAGGACCUUAAACGCACCACCGUGUCUCGGCCGUCUAUCAACAUGCCUCCUAUGAAUAAGCGGCGACGACUUGGGACAAGAGGCUGGAAUCGUGGCGAAGAAGCAGAUGCCGCUUACCCGACAAACGAAGAGGCAUUGGACGCGACUGUAGUGAUUGACGAUGUUCCUCAACGACAAGAAGAGGCAGAGAAAGCGGAAGAGCCCACCAGUGGACAGGAACAAGUUGUUGAAGAAAGCCAGGAGCAGGAACAGGUCGUUGAAGAAACUCAGGUGCAGGAAAAAGUUGUUGAAGAUAGCCAGGAGGAAGAUGUCGUUGUUGAAGACGAACAACGCUUAUCUCCUGCAGUUGAUGGCGUGGCUAUUGCACCUGCCGUUAUGGAUAUCGGCAAUUUCCCGUUGUCAUCUCCUGUAGUUGAACGGAGCAAAACACCGGGCCGCGCAUCACAGCAAAUUCAAUCGCCGAGUCUUAAAGGAACCAACCUUUCUGAAGAGUCCUCAAGCGAAAGCUCGUCAGAAGAGGAAGUCAUCACCACCGCAAAAGGAGCAGUCAACGCGCCCGGCCAUGGCACCAUCCGCACUAAACGCAGCAACUUAAGAACAAAAUGGCGCAGAAAAUUGCUCCAACUAAAGACGGCUGGCAUCCUAGACAAAAAUGCUAAUUUUGAUGACAUGCGAGCCUGGGAGAAAGGCAACGGGGGUCCUUUAGCCGUAAAUACCAUGCUGGAAGAAAUGGCGUCAAAGGAGAAAACCGAGUUUGAGAAAAAGAGAGAGCAGCUACUACGGGACCUAGAAGGGGGCGGAGUCGAAGUAUUCCCUUCAUCGGCUAAAAAACGAAAGCAUGAGCAGCUUUCUUCGGCUGUGGAGAUGGAUAGUACUGCUGCUUCCACGCCAGCUCUCAAUGAAACUGCUUCCGUAUCAAGCGCCACAGCACCCACACGACAAUCGAAACUAGAUCUUGCCGGUACUCGGCGUCUUCUCUUUGGAUCUUUAGGUGUCAAGGCACCAAAAACAAAACAGGACGAAGAGCAUACUCGAAACAAACUUGCACAGACGAAUAUAUUAACACCCAAGUCUACCCCAAAACGAAAGAAAGAUACUAUUGCAACCCCUACUAAAGAAAUAAUUCAACCUGUUGAGAAUUGGCAGGAUAGAAUCAUACUCAAAGCCACGGAAUGUGUUUAUGAUGACAUCGAGUUAUCUACUCCUCCAUUCCCGUUUGUACAGAGAUGGGAUCCCGAUGCCCAUGCUGUCAUUCAAGAGCUUCGUGCCAGCCAAGCACCUCAAGGCAAAAAACGGAAAAAUAAAAAGCGCAAGCGACAGUCUUAUUACGAUGGAGCGGAAGAGGGGCAAUACGAAGUUGAAUAUGAUCAGAAUGGCGAUGAUGUAAAUGAGGAUAUUACUCUGGAUUAUGGUGAUGGUGAAGUCGAGGGGCAGAACAAGGAGGUGUCACAAGUUGACGAGACGCAACCGGAGCUUUAUCAGCCAAAUGGUGAAAUUACGGAUAGUGCUGAGGUUCCUAAGACGCAGGAUGGGGUACAACCUAUAGUUGGCGACCUACCUCCUCUACCAACAGACAUCUCGACGCUACCGGAUGCUAAUAAAAGCAACUUAUGGCCGGGAGCUAUUUUUGCAUUCAAGCAACUGGACCUCUCGAAAGCCACUAAUUGGCAGCCCCAGGUAUCUCACUACCGUACUGCAAUUGUGGAGAACGUUUCCUCUGAAGAUACCAUCUCCUUUCGCCUUGCCAAACGCGAUCGAGAUAGACCGGAUGCUGACGAGGUGGAUGACGACAAGCCACGAAGGUAUACCAAGUUCGAAAUGCCUGGUUUCGAUGAGAAAACAGAAGAAGAUGACGGGCUGCGAGACCUCGAGAUAGGAAAUCUCAUUGAAGCAAAGCUGAUUAGUGCCGCUGCUCGCGAGACUGCAGAUGAACUGAAAGAGCAACUAGCAGACCUGGAGGAUGAAAUGAUAAGGCUCGAGGAGGAAAAAGAGUUAGAGACUCUGGGAGAAGACUUGGCACAUUUGGGCGAUGAGGUGGUGGAGACGCAAAAUGUUCGCCUUUCUGAGCAAGCACCACCUCUUCCCUCGUCGCUGCCAGAUAACGUACGCGUCUCCUCUCCUACUCGCCGGGAAAUAUCGCAGCUAAUGAGAGAUGCCGGGUUUAGAUCGGCUGUAAAUUCUGAUUUGGUUACUCCUAUUGUGGAUGACAUCGUGCAGGAUAGCGGAGCCCAUUUGGAAGAUAAUAAGCAAGAUGAUACUGAAGAGACCGUCCGUGAACAGAGCCCUGACGAGGAGGUUGCUGUGCAAGACAGUGUUCCUCGUCUGCGGGAGAGUGAUCAGCAGGAUUCUGAGGACGCCGUCCGCGAACAGAGCCCGGUGAUAGAAUCACCUAAAUUUGCUGGUUUCGAUUCCGACCAGCCUCCAGUGGAAACCGCAGAAGCUCCAGCACAAACGGAGCCCCCUAAAUCUCCAAGUCCUCUCAUGGAUUCAACAGUUCCAGAGACUGCGAAACUGUCACCACUGUCUGCCCUAGAAAACUGGAUCUCUGCAAACGGCUCUACUCACGGUAGCGACAGAGAAAAGACUCCUCGGCCAGCAGAGACUACCAAUGAGCCUGAUAUAUCAGAUGACGACGAUAGCGACGGCAACCCCAACUCGCUCGUGCCUAACCCAUUCUACGACACUGACCGUGUCUCCGAUGAGGACUACGCUGGCCCAACAAUUGAUGACCUCUUUGCAGAGUCAACCCCGUGUGCACCAGGGCCUUCGAAACUAAUAAGUAGCUCCCAACCUGCCCCAGCCCAGCGUCCAACUGCUGCGUCCACUUCACCUCCUCCGAUGGCCAGCUCCCAGCCCGUCAAAGUCCAGCAUGCAGCAAAAUCCACUUCACCUCCACCACAGGAAGACGAAGCCCCCCUCCCCAAAAUACACGAAACCAACGACGAGGACAACGAACCGUCUGCUUCCCAAAUUCCUGAUGGCUCUAUGGUUGUAGACCUGACUUUAUCGAGUGACCCGGCGCCGCCUGGAGAUGAGGACUAUGAAGAUGACUCGUCUCUCUUCCAUGGGCCUGGGUGGGUAGCUAAGCGGAAACCGAAACCCAGAGGUGCCAAACGAGGACGGGGUCGAGGACGACAAGGAGGAAGCCAAAGAGGUGGUCGGCGGUCGGGGUUGAAGAUUAAUAGGAGCAUUGUUUGA